AUGGCUCCCACCGAGGGUCACGGCUCGCACCCAGGGUCACGGCUCCCACCCAGGCACGUCCACCGCCCGGAAAUUCACCGGCCGGUAGAUCACACGUGCGGGAGAGGCGAGACAACGGGAGACCCACGGGACCGGCCGGGGAGGAGACCCACGGGACCGGCCCCGGAGGAGACCCACGGGACCGGCCCCGGAGGAGACCCACGGGACCCGCCGGGGAGGAGACCCACGGGACCCGCCGGGGAGGAGACCCACGGGACCGGCCGGGGAGGAGACCCACGGGACCGGCCCGGAGGAGACCCACGGGACCGGCCGGGGAGGAGACCCACGGGACCCGCCGGGGAGGAGACCCACGGGACCCGCCGGGGAGGAGACCCACGGGACCGGCCCGGAGGAGACCCACGGGACCGGCCGGGGAGGAGACCCACGGGACCCGCCGGGGAGGAGACCCACGGGACCCGCCGGGGAGGAGACCCACGGGACCGGCCCCGGAGGAGACCCACGGGACCGGCCCCGGAGGAGACCCACGGGACCGGCCCGGAGGAGACCCACGGGACCCGCCGGGGAGGAGACCCACGGGACCGGCCCGGAGGAGACCCACGGGACCGGCCGGGGAGGAGACCCACGGGACCCGCCGGGGAGGAGACCCACGGGACCCGCCGGGGAGGAGACCCACGGGACCGGCCGGGGAGGAGACCCACGGGACCGGCCCGGAGGAGACCCACGGGACCCGCCGGGGAGGAGACCCACGGGACCGGCCGGGGAGGAGACCCACGGGACCGGCCCGGAGGAGACCCACGGGACCGGCCCGGGACGUUCUCCGAGGCCGAGGGGCCGCUCCCUCCCGCAGGGUGCUAG